GUAGCUCUCUUGGACUGUCCAAAUUUAAACAGCUAUCCGAUGACCCCGGAGGUUGAACGUGACAUUGAGGUGGCUCGAUGCGGUGCCCUGGCCCUCUGGUCCUGCAGCAAAUCCGCGCGGUCCAAGGUGGCUAUGAAGAAGGCUGGUGUUAUUUCGUUGUUGGCGCGUCUUCUCAAGUCUCCCCACGAGGCCAUGCUCAUUCCAGUGGUGGGAACCUUGGAGGAGUGUGCCAGCGAGCAAAGUUACAGGGUGGCCAUCAGAACGGAGGGUAUGAUUGAGGAUCUUGUCGCGAAUCUCAAAAGUGAUAACCAGGAGUUGCAGAUGCAUUGUGCAGCAACCAUAUUCAAGUGCGCCGCUGACGCCGAGACACGCGACCUUGUCCGAUAUCACGGUGGCUUGUCACCUCUGGUUGAUCUGCUCUCACAACAAGACAACAAGGAACUUCAGGCUGCUGCAACCGGAGCUGUCUGGAAGUGCGCAAUCUCGCCGGAAAAUGUCGCUGAGCUGCAGAAACAGGGCAUCAUCGAGAAACUUGUUAAACUGUUGACCGAUCAGCCCGAAGAGGAGGAUAUGGUAGCGAACAGGGGAGGUUACCCCGAUGCGUCCUCUGUUGCCCAAUCAGAACAUUUUUAG